CUGAUCUUUCAGAAAAUCCCCACAUCCUUCUUCCGCUAUUCUCAAUGUCUCAACGCAUCUUCCUUCCUGAUACUCUUGCCAACUGGCAGUGGCCUCGCCAUCUUAACCCCCACUAUGCUGAAGUCAAGAAGGAAUCAGCGGCCUGGGCACAAAGUUUCCGAGCCUUCAAAACGAAAGCUCAGGAAGCAUUCGAUCGCUGCGACUUUAACCUCCUCGCUUCAUUCGCGUACCCGCUGGCGGACAAAGCACGUCUCCGUAGUGGAUGUGAUCUCAUGAACCUUUUCUUCGUCAUCGACGAAUACUCGGACGUCUCGACAGAGGAUGAAGUGCGCGCACAGAAGGACAUAGUCAUGGACGCCAUCCGGAACACAGAGAAGCCACGUCCCGCCGGAGAAUGGAUUGGAGGAGAAGUUUCUCGGCAAUUCUGGGACCUUGCGAAGAAGACAGCAAGCACCCAGGCGCAGAAACGCUUCAUCGACACCUUUGACGAGUACCUGGAAGCUGUCGUGCAACAGGCCGCCGAUCGAAACAACUCUCACGUCCGAAGCAUCGAGUCGUACCUUGAAGUUCGGCGGUGCACUAUCGGCGCGAAGCCAUCGUUUGCGCUUCUGGAGUUCGACAUGCAGUUGCCGGACGACGUCAUCAAUCAUCCGGUUAUUAAAGAGCUCGAGAAGAGCUGCAUUGAUAUGCUCUGCCUGGGAAAUGAUGUUGUUUCAUAUAACCUUGAACAAGCUCGGGAUGACGACGGCCACAAUAUUGUCACUAUCGCAAUGAACGAGCUUAGGACAGAUGUGGCAGGUGCCAUGCUUUGGGUCGACGAAUACCACAAGCAGCUCGAGUCCAGGUUCAUGGAAAACUUCAAGAAAGUGCCGAGAUGGGGAGGUCCCGUUGACCUGCAGGUUUCUCGAUAUUGCGAUGGCCUCGGUAAUUGGGUGAGGGCUAAUGAUCAGUGGAGCUUCGAAAGCGAGAGAUACUUUGGAAAGAAGGGACCGGAAAUUAUCCAGACAAGGUGGAUAACGCUCCUGCCAAAGAUGGUGUCAGAAGAACUUGGUCCUCAAAUCGUUGACGGGUCCCAUCUGUAGAGAGUACGUUGGCGUAGUAUAUACUAUAUAUUAAAAUUAGUUUCGAGGAAUAUUUAAGAGUAUAAGCGAUGCAGAUAGCAAGUAGAUGGACUUCGGAUUUGAAACACCGAAAGUGGCAUCAUGUUACAUAUGUUUGGCAAAAC